UCUAUCUCGAGAUCAGCACUCUCACUCUCAUCUUCUCCGUUGAAUCCCUCCCAAACGGCGACAAGAACCCUUCUUCUUCUCUGUCGCGUUCCCUCCCCCCUUUCUCCCGUUCCCGACCAAAACCCUAGUUUUCCUUCAGAAUUAGAUGAGAAAACCCUAGUUUAUCUUCCAUUCAAGACUCUGAUCUGAUUUGUUUUGGAGAAAUUUUGAGAAUUUGUGAUUUCUGAGCAUUUCUUGUCGAUGAGAUUCAUGGAUUUGUAAGAAAAGAUCCGAGAGGGAUUUGAGCUUGUUUUUGUUUGUAAUUUGGGUUGAAAAAGAGCAGGGAUGCGAUUCGCGAAGAGGAUCUGGCUAUGUUUCGGCGGAUGAGAUGCUUCAUCGGCCUGAAUCCGAAGAGCCCGUCACCGCCGGAGAGGUUUCUGGAUGCAAAGACGCUGCCGGCUUCGAGACGGAGAGCGAUCCUGUUCAAGCCGCCAGACAUGCUUGACACCGUCCAUGAGAUCGCCAUCUACAUCCAUCGUUUCCACAAUCUUGAUCUCUUUCAGCAAGGAUGGUAUCAGAUAAAGAUCAGUAUGAGAUGGGAGGACGGUGAUCUGAUUUCUCGUGGUACUCCGGCGAGAGUUGUUCAGUAUGAAGCUCCUGAUCCACCCUCAGAAUCUGUCGUAGGUGUCUGGAGAAUAGAUGAUGUUGACAACAGCUUCUCAACACAGCCAUUUCGUAUCAAAUAUGCUAGACAAGACGUGCUUCUCUCUGUGAUGGUUUCUUUUAAUUUUGCUAUUGGACAAUAUGAGAGUCAAUCAACAUCUGCUGUAAUUUUGAAAUUUGAGCUUAUGUAUACACCAGUUCUGGAAAAUGGCUUUGAGAUGCAGGCUUCAUUUGAUGCGGUUCCUGCUGCAGUUCAUGAAUUCCGUAUCCCUCCCAAAGCGCUUCUCGGCUUGCAUUCCUAUUGUCCUGUUCACUUUGAUGUAUUCCAUGCUGUAGUUAUUGAUCUAAGUGUACACAUUGUCUUUUUGAAAGCUGGUGCUCACAUAUCAUCACAGAAGGUACCAAGUAAUUCUCACAUGGUUGGAGAUGCUAUUGCUGAGCAUUAUGAAGGACAGAAUCAGGUGCUGGGUUUCGGGAUGGGUUCAAAACUGAUUGAACUUGUCAAGUCAUUAUGUGCUUCCCAAGAGAUACUUCUCAUGGAACUUCAAAAGAUGAGCAAUUCAAUCGGUGAAAAAGUGGAUGAUUUAAUAGACGCUGACAUUAAUCUUGGUAAAUUUGAACUGAUUAGUUCAUCAAUAAAGCCUGAAAUUUCUACGGCUAAUGGUGGUGUUUCUGCUAUCAAGACAGGAGCAGAUCAGUGGUCCAGUGUAUUUCAAAUUUUUGAGAAAUUGAAUGGCACUUCUGAUCUUGGGAAUGAUGUCAUACUCCAAUCUCUACCGAAGGAUGACAUUUUGGAUUUAUUUUUUUCUUUGGGCAACCAGCUGUUAUUCAUAUGGAAUGCAUUCUUGAAGUUUCAUAGGAUCCAUAGAUUCAAGAUACUUGAAUAUCUGCAUCAAGCUUGGUCCAUGGAUCGAAAGGCAGAAUGGUCAAUUUGGAUGGUUCAUUCUAAGAUUGAGAUUCCUCAUCGUUAUCUGAGAAGUGGUACUGAUGAUUCUUUACAUAACAAGUUUGGCAAAGCGCCUAUUACACGGAAGUCCAAUGAUGAUCCAGCACAGAUUGCCGCGACCCGUGCUGAACUUCAUAGAAGAAGCAUCGCACAAAUGAAGAUUAACAACAGAUCCAUUCAAGAUAUGCAUAUAUUUAGCAAUCCAUCACAAGUUCCUGUCGUUCUUAUUGAUCAACAAGUCAUGAAUGUCCCGCUGCAUGGUUCUGGUAAUGAUCCAUCUGUCAGCUCUCCGAAUCAGAAUGAUUUUUCUGCAGAACCCUUGAUAUCCAGAGCAAAGGUUGCUACUAGUCAGAGUGCUUUGAGCUCAAAGAAACAUGCCCGUGUACUAAAAGUAGUUGUCUUUGUGCAUGGUUUUCAGGGACAUCAUCUGGAUUUAAGGCUUGUUCGGAAUCAAUGGCUUUUGAUAGAUCCUGGAGCUGAGUGCCUUAUGUCAGAAGCUAAUGAAGAUAAAACAUCAGGUGAUUUCAGAGAAAUGGGCAGCAGGUUGGCUGAGGAAGUGACUGCUUUCAUUAAAAAGAAGAUGGAUAAAUACUCCAGGUAUGGAGGAUGCAAGGAAGUUAAGCUCAGUUUUGUUGGGCAUUCCAUUGGAAACAUCAUCAUUAGGAGUGCCUUAACAGAGAACAUAAUGGGUCCUUUUCUAAAAAACCUUCAUACUUACAUGUCUGUAUCUGGUCCACACCUGGGAUAUUGGUACAGCUCAAAUUCAUUGUUUAAUUCUGGCCUGUGGCUUCUGAAGAAACUGAAAGGGGCUCCAUGCAUACAUCAGCUGACAAUCACUGAUGAUCCAGACCUCCAGAAUACUUUCUUCUACAAGCUAUGCAAGCAGAAGACUUUGGAGAACUUUAAGAACAUCAUUCUGUUGUCUUCACCCCAGGAUGGAUAUGUACCCUAUCAUUCUGCCAGGAUGGAAUUAUGCCCAGCGUCGGCCUCUGAUAAUUCAAAGAAGGGUCAGAUCUUCCUAGAAAUGUUAAACAGUUGCUUGGAUCAGAUACGUGCUCCAUCAUCGGUUCAGCGCACCUUCAUGCGCUGUGAUGUGAACUUCGACACUUCUGCCCAAGGGAGAAACUUGAACACAAUGAUUGGGCGUGCUGCUCACAUAGAGUUUCUUGAGACCGACUACUUUGCAAAGUUUAUUAUGUGGUCUUACCCUGAGCUAUUCCGCUGAGGGUUUUAUUUAAUCCCACUUACUAGUUUAAACUACUUGUGUUUACUAAGUUAUUACCUGUAGCUAGUUGAUUAGGUUUUGAUCCUGAUGCAGUGACUGAAGUAGUUUACAGUGCUUGUUGUAAAUUUUAUGCUUCAGAAUGGUUAUUACAUAGGGCAAUUAUUUUUUUAUUUCUUUUCAGAAUUGUAAUUAUGUAGUUAUUUAGAUACUGGUUGCUUUUUUUGUGUUUGUUGUUAUUAUUAUUUUAAAUAGUGUAAUUUGUCAUUAUUGUGAUAACCAGCUUUCAAUUCUUUUAUUGGA